AGGGAACAGACACAAGAGCGCACCGGUCUGAAGACUGAUAACAGUAGCAGCUACUGUGGACGAGCAGCUAACGGGAAGUUCUUCUAACGGAGGGAACUUUAUAUAAUUUACUUUAAUUUAUUUAUUUAUGCUUGUGUGAGGAGUAUUUAUUUAUAUCAAAGAUGAACGGAGGGUCGAGAAGUCUGUGCACAUUUGAGGACAUCAGAAAUCAUGAACAUGGGGAGGGGUGCAGGCGUCUGCGGCUCACACUGCACGACCAGAGCCAGGCCGCUCGGAGCACGGAGCAGCACAGGGACAAGCCAGUUGGACGAGCGUUUGCGCUGGUGCAGCCGCCCACUGACAGGACAUCCCUGACUCCUGAACCGGUCAAAUCGACAGAGGAGCAGGUGGAGGUUAUCAAGGUUUAUCUAGAGGCCCGCAGACAGGAGCAGCAGAAACACCAGCAGAGCCUGAAGAUGUUGUCAGACGAAGUUUCCCAGAUACAGGAGGUGAGGUAUUGCCUGAAGACGCUGAGGGAGCAGAUGGCAGCCAAAAACAAGCCGGUGACAAACGGGUGGAAAGUUGGUCUGCCCUUCAGAAAGAGCUCCGCGCCUGCCCCCAGCGGAGGAGCGAAAGCUGACGCACAGGAGGCAGAUGAAGAAGCGGAAAGAGUCAAGCUGAGGGAGGUCAGUAAGCGCUUGUAUGCACAGCUACAGGAAGCAGAAAAGAAACACCAAGAGGAAAAAGAGAGGCUGCAGGCUGAAGGCAGCAGGCUGAGGCAGCAUCUGAGCGACGAGGAGGAGAAGUUGAAGGUCACCGAGGAAGCCAGCGAGAGGAAAGACAAGCGCAUCGACGAGCUCCAGAGGUUGCUGGGAGGGAUGGAGCAGGAGAGCGCCAGCCUGCGGGAGGCAAUACGCAACCGCGAGGACGAACUGCGCGAACUGCGCAAGAUCAGAGAGGAGGGCCAGAAAGGGGAUCAGAGGGCUGAGCAAUUGGAAAAGGAGGUGGCUAUUCUCAAAGAAAAGAUCCACCAUCUGGAUGACAUGCUAAAAAGCCAACAAAGGAAAGUCAGACACAUGAUUGAACAGCUCCAGAACUCUCGCAUGGUGAUCCAAGAGAGGGACCGUGUGAUCAAAGAGCUGGAGGAGAAAGUGGCUUUCUUGGAGGCUGAGAACCGAGAGAUGCAUGAUCAGAUGGACUACUUCCUGGGAGGGCAAAGGUCAAAUUCCUACCUUUCAUCAGAGCGCAACCCCCAGAUCGUCUAUAGUAAACCAAUCAAGCCGUCCAACUCGUCCAGCAAACCGCUGCCUUUCAUCAAAGUCAUCGAGAUCAGGUCAUAAAGACACCCCGGCAGAAGAAAGACACGGCAGUUGUCGAGGAGGGCUCAGAACCACCACAUAUUUUCAACGCAGACUGAAACCAAACCGCAUCUCUACGUCCACAUCUGAUCGCAUUAAUAGUUGGGAUGUCAGAGUUGAGCUUCCUGGACUGUAACUAUAUCAACACUUCCACAUAAACCACAAACACUCUUGAAGGAUACGGUGUGAUGUUUGGCGGCACACACACACACACAUCAGGGCUUGCAGUGUGUCUUUGCUUAAUGAAUGAGUGUGUAUGUCAGCUCUAAUGUAGAUGCAUGAAUGUAGACUUACAGUAGGCAUACUGAUUCCGCUGAUGUGCAUUUGAAGUUUUACGUGUAAUACUGCGUACUGUAUGCAAGUGUUUCCUUGUGCUGCCCUGUUUUGAUUGUUAUUUUAACCUUUGAGUUUAUGACGGUUUGGCGUUGUCGUUCAAAACAGAACCGUUGAGAAAAGUGCAGGAUGGCAGUCCACAUACAGUAAUGUAGCAAACACAGCUAACUAAGCUAAAGGUUACAUGUAAAAAUCAUUAACCAGAUGAUCAUCCUUUGUCCGUGUACUCAUCCAUGACUCCGUUCACUUUUCUGAGUGAAUGGUAUGCUUUAAAUCUGUAAAUAUUGAUAUAGUUUAUAUAAGGUCAACACCCUGUGAAAUGUUUUUUAAGCCCCAAACAACAAUAUGGCACUUCAUGAAACUGAAACUGAGACAGCAGAAAGAAAAAUGAUGUCUGUGUUGGAUGAAGAUAUUUCACAUUACUGCUUCAUAGAAGUGUCAUUAUUCUACAUAUUUCCUGUAAACCAUUUCAGUUUCCUGUCAGUGUAAACAGUCACCUUGUUUUGUACAUAUUAAUGGGAUUUGAUGUUUGUGAUUUGAUGUUUAAAUUUCUACCUAACAACUUUCUCCUUUGUAUUUAUUUAUAUUAAAUAAAACCUAAAGACCAA